CGUACAAUGAAUGAUCCUCUACAUUGACAAGACUCGAAGAUGGGCAGUCUUGCACGGAAGCACAGCGCGAAGAUUGCAGAGAGCGGAGGCGAUGAUGACCUGUCACCGUUUCAAAAAGUCCAACACUGGUUCGACGCAAUCAGCUCCAGCGACUACGAUGGCCACGAUGCUAUCCUUGGGCGAAUCCUCAAGCUCGAAUCAGUGACGUUUGCGCCAACCAGCAGCAAUCCUCACAACUCGCGCAAUGUUAUAAGCUUCACUGUGCCCAGACAGUUGUGCAACUCGACUGGCAUGCUUCAUGGCGGCGCCGUGGCCUUGAUCUUUGACAUUACGACGUCAAUGGCCAUUACGCCGUGUAUGCGCGACGGAUUCUGGGAUAGUGGGCAUGUCUCACGUACCCGUGAACACGACCUACCUGAGGCCAGCGGCUGAAGGUACCAAAGUCUUCGUUGAGAGCUGGGUCGAGCAUCUUGGGAAGCGACUGGGUCAGACGAGGGGUUUGAUGAGGCUGGAAUCUGAAGACGGCAAAGUGUGCUAUACCUGCG